GGUGGUGGUGGUGGUGGUGGCUGCGAUAGUGCAAGAGCAGUGUAACCUCAGCCCCGCCAGCAAUAGAGCCCCCGCCAGAAUAGAGCACCACCUUCGCCAGGCAUACGCGAACGGGAAUCAUCAACACAGACAAACAAUAGAAGUUCAAUCCGUAUAAAGAGAUGCCUCGAUACGCACUCAAUUUCACUUCCUCACCCUCAUCCUCAUCAUCAUUCGCUCAGAGCAGCUUCUUCUUCUCUCUCUGCAUCUGCGUCUUUCAUACUUUCAGUACAAGUAUUCUCACUCGCUACAGUUACUUGGUACUUCUCCUUCUUCAUCUCUCUCGUCGAAAAUGGUUUCCUUCCGUUCUUUCCUCACCGCUUCGUUCGUUCUCGCUUCAGCGACUGCUGUAUUUGCUUCUCCAAUCGCCAGAUCAUCAGACCUUUCCGCUCGGGACACCACCGAGGAGCUCGGGAAAAGGCAGGGUGGAUGCACUACAAGGCUUCAGCGCCGCGCAUGGCACACCCUCUCCGAUGCUGAGAAGAAAUCCUACAUUGAUGCCGAGCUCUGCCUCAUGUGGCGAAUUCCCCAGCAAACCGGCCUCGAGGCGUCAGUGAGCCGCUUCGACGAUCUCGUCAAGGCCCACCAGCUUCAAUCCAUGCUCGUGCACGGCGACGGAUGGUUCCUCCCCUUCCACCGGCUGCACAUGCACGCGCACGAACGUCUCCUCCGCGAAGAGUGCGGCUACAACGGCGCGCAGCCCUACUGGGACGAAGAGGCGGACGCCGGCGCGUUCAGCAGUUCGGCCAUCUUCUCCCCCACCAACGGCUUCGGCGGCAACGGCGUCGGCGAGAACAACUGUAUCCAGACCGGCCCGUUCGCCAACUACACGCUACACACCGGCCCGUCCUACGACAACACCGACCACUGCAUCAGCCGCCAGAUCGACGACGACGCCAGCCGUGGCAGCUCCACCGAGAACGUCAACGCUUGCCUCGCAGAGCAAAAGUUUGCUACUGCGUGGCCGUGCAUCGAGGGAAGUCCCCACAGCGGUGGCCACAACGGUGUCGGCGGUGAGAUGGGCAACGCCAUCUCCUCCCCCGGCGACCCUCUCUUCUACCUGCACCACACCUACCUCGACCGCGUCUGGUGGCGCUGGCAGCAGCAGAGUCUCCCUGCGAGACUCACCGAUUUCUCGGGCUACACGACUCAGGAUCGCCCUGCGGGAGGAUGGAUCGACGCCACGCUCGACGAUGAGCUCAACAUGUUCGGUGUCAUUGCCAACGCUAGGAUCAGGGACGUGAUGGAUGUCACUGGCGAUCUCCUGUGCAUGGAGUACGUUUAGGGUGCUCGACUGGCUUUCUUUGGAUUAGACACUUGAGGGUGGGAGUGGUGGAUCGCAUUUUCUCGGCGCUUUUGCUUUUUUCAUUUCCUUUUUCAUUUUUUCCUUCUUCUUUUUUCCUUUACCUUUUUUCCUUUUCUCCUUUUUUCUUUUGUUUUCCUCGCAUAUAUUUCCUUGGACGUUCUCUAUGGGGAUAAUUAAUCACGGGGCUAGUGGCAGGUGGACUGGACAUUGGGGAUUAGGGAUUCGGGCUUGGGGAUAUGUGAGUGCAUACGAGCACGGGGACAUGGGAACGGGCAUGGGAACGGGCAAGGACAUGGGCAUGGGAUUGGAACUUACGGACCGACGACUCGGUGUUUUUGGAUUUGCAUUUUUGGUUGAGAUACUUAAUACCUUCAUUUAUACUUGUAUGGCAUAGUUAAUGAGCUUAAUACUUUCGGCGGAAUACCUUUUUCCGCUGGAUUGACUGAAUCCUGAUUUAUCCGGAGA